GAGAGAGGCCGUUACCGGGGCAACGGCUGCCGGCAGCAUCAGCAUCAGCAGCAGCGGGCAGAGCGUGCAGCACAGCGGCUCCCCUGGCACCGGCCCCGCCGCCCCCCUCGGCCACGCCGAGCUGACCGAAAACUUACCCGGGAAGGAACGUCGACGACAGCGAGGCAGUGGCUGUGACUCCCCAAGGCCCGGCGGACAUCCGAAUCUUUCUUUUUCCCAGCCCCACUCAGCCACCCUUUCAGCACCCCCAAAGCGGUUCCAUGCUCUUCCGGGAGACCCCAAAAUGCAGGAACAGUGGGUGGAAAACUUCGGCCGACUGAGCGUUUCCGACUGGCUGCCCCUAAACGACCUCACCGAUCAACUAGGGAAGGUUACCCUCUGUGAAACCGACAAGGGUCACGGCGACCCGAACGCUGGAAAAACCAGAGAAAACGUGUCGGCAGAAGACGUUGAGCCCGGACCCCUGGAGGGGGAUGGCAAAGCCACGGCGUCUGCGGUCCCCGCGGGCCUUCCGGGCAGAAACUGCCCUGGUACCCCGGAGCCCAACUCCUGGGGGGACUUCGAAGGGUUCAGCGAGGCCUCGGAUGAGGCGGAAAGUUUCGCCUUAGAGGCCGGGGCGCGGUCCGAUCGUUGGCCUCCGGAAGAGGGUCCCCCCUCGAAGGAAGAACAUUUUGGGGUGGCUUUGGGCUCCCGCCUCUCUAGCAGGAAUAUCCAGGGCAUGAUGGAAGCUGCCUCCAUUUCCUCUCGGGAGACCCAACUCAACUAUGAGAAUAUUUUUAAGUUUGCCUUUCGGGACGUAUUGGCACGACAAUUAACUGAGGACAUCCUCACCUUAGAUCAAUUUCUAGAAGCAAGGAGUGAAGAAAACGCAGCUUCCGAACCUGGGAAGAGACCAUUCUGCUCAAACUCCCGAAAACUUUGGAGAACUCUUCGAGACGCCAACAGCGCACCUACUUCAAGAUGUCUCUGGACUAAAUCCCAUUGCCUGGACAAUUUCUUACUUGUUCUUGGAAUUGACUCGACACAAAAAGACCCUUCAGGAAGCAAUCCUCUCACUUCGGAAGGUGCGAACCUGAAAGAAAUCGAAGAACUGAUGGACGUUAACGGCUUCAAUAUUCACAACUGUAAGGCUCUCAUUCAAACCAAGCUUUCUGUAUCCCCAAGUCCCAGGCAUGGCAACCUCUUCAUUUACAACCUCUUUUUGAAGAAGACUCCUUCUCAUGGAACUCUGCAAUACAUAACAACUCCAAGGAAGAGGAGACUGUUCACUACCCGCAGUUUAAAAAUGAAGAUUUUUAAGAGUGAUGUUUGCUAAAGCAAGAGUCCUUUUUUUUAUUAUCGAACCUUAAUACUUUGCUACUGGUUUGGUGCCGAAAACUAGUGAAGAUAUUUUGGGAGAACACAGAUGUGAACCUUAAGGUGAAGGUAUAAAAAGUUUCCGAUUUAAAAGCCAAUGACUCCUCUCGUGGGAGCCAAGGCUGGGCAGGGACAGCUCAAAGCCCUGGCUUUCUGUGUCUUUGUCUGGAAGUCAGAGUGCCGGGUUUUAAUCUGCUAUUUUCAGCCCAAAGGCUAGCAGCUGCAACUAUAUGAGGAAUGUAGAUGGCCACGCCUUCUCCCUGCUGGUUGCCCCUCCCUGGUCGCACAACGCCAGGCCGUCUGUUAGGCCCGGCGGGCCGGUUGCGGGGCUCUCUGGCCAUCUGUUGCGCGUUAAAGAGGGUAUCGAACCCCCACCUGCCCACCGAGGGACCCCAGACUUGAUCCAGACCCGCCCCCGAACUCUGAGACGUGGUUGAAAACCAGGUGUUAUCAUCCGUUCAUCCGCACUUCUCCAAUCUCCCCUUGAUUGCUAGUGAGACGAAGGCUCAGUGACAGGGUUUAGGCCCCUGGCACCGAAAGAGUCCCUGGAUAAGACAAAUGUUCCGAGCAUCUGUUUUCUGCUGUAGGGUGAGGGUCUCUCCUUCCUUCCCCUUCCCCAUCCCGUAGAAGACUCUGGAGUUAGGGUCCAGUAAAAGCAUCGUGGCACUGACUUUUUAAAGCACUAAAAGAAAACUUUCUGUACCCGUUUAGAAUAUAUUUCAAAAACUCCGGGGAUACAGCUAAAUGGAGGGCAGUGAAUGGGAUGUUUUCAAGUUAAUAUACUCCAGCGUUUUAAUCGCAAUUUAACUUUUAUUCUCUCCCUUCCGCCCUCCCCCCGGCUGAUAUUUCUAAGUAGAUUUUUGGAGCAAUCUAUUUUAUUUAAUAUUAAAAUCACUUCUGUGAGUUGUGCAUUGCUGACCUAGGAAUAAUGUCCACCAUAUUAUUAAUCUGUAAGUAGCUUUUCUUUUAGAGUGGUUCUGAUUACCCAGAUAGUUGCCAGAGUUUGAGCCGUGGUAGAUCAUUCGUCCGAGGGAUCUAUGAGUUACAGCUUCCUCUUUGUUUCAGCCACAGAAAUUCACAUUUUAAAAGGCCAAGAGCCUAAAGAUCUGCACUGACUUUUUGGUAACCUUUAACUUAAUAAAAAUUUUCUCAACACAGA